AUGUUGUUGACGCUCUUCGCUUUCUUUGGUUUCUUGUUAGUCGAGGAGGCCGUUGUAGUCGAUGUCUUCUUUUUCUUCAGCGUUUUGGCCGGUGAGACUCCAGUAUCGCCCUUGGAAUUGGAUGCUCUUCUUGCCGUCGCCUCACUGGCUGCUGCUGCACUGGCACGACUCGCAGCUGUGGGUCGAAGCAGUGUUGACGGUCGUAUCUGUUGUUGGAGCUUUUUGUUCUUCUUCAUGGCCUGGUUGGCAGCUUCCGUUGCCUCCAUAACCUUGGCUACCAACUUUUCGUUCAGCUGCGAGACCGAUGCCACCGUUUGCUACAACACGAAGAAACAUUUAACGUCAGUCUGUGAGCUCUAG